AGAUCACUCCCUGCUCUCCAGUCCGUCUCAAAAUACAACGAAGCUCCCCAUGUUAGCCCAACUUUUCCAGGUCGUACAAUUCCUCCGCGAAGAGGCAGGCCUUAUCUGGACUUGUGUCACCUUGGUGCUUUUUGUCUACCUUCUGCUUCCUAAGCCAACCUACAGCACCAAUGUCAAGGUCCCAACGGUCAAAUUUGGCAGCCCUUGGAUCCCAGAAAUUCUAAAUCGCAUACUCUUCAACACCUACGCCCCAUCAGUGAUUUAUGAUGGUUACAGCAAAUAUAAGAAGUCAGCCUACAAGAUUCUGAAACCGGACGGAGACCUGGUUGUUCUCUCGACCAAGUAUGCCGAGGAGCUGCGGCAAUUGCCAUCGUCGACUCUUAAUGCUCUCGAGGCAACAUUUACGGAUCAUGUUGGCGACUAUACGACAAUUCUUACUGACAGCCAUUUACACACAGAGGCAAUCCAAAAGCGGUUGACUCCAGCAAUUGGGAGGCUCAUCCCUAGGAUUACUUCCGAGCUAGAUUAUGCGUUUGAAGUCGAAUUCCCACGUUGCGACGACAAAUUCGUUGCAAUAAAUCCCUAUGAGGUCUUCCUUCGCCUCGUUGCCCGGGUCGGCGCUCGCAUCUUCAUCGGUGACGAGUUGUGCCGCGAGGAGAAAUGGCUCAAUGCCUCAAUCUCCUACACUAAAGACAUCUUCUUGACCAUUGCACUGAUGCGGCCUUUGCCUGGUUUCCUCCACCCGAUCGUCGGGCGCAUCCUCCCCAGCAGUAGAAGCCUGGACCGCCAGUUGGUGUACGUCAAAGAGGAACUCCUCGGACCUGUUAUUGAAAAACGCCGAAGGAUGGAAGCAGCGUCGGACCCCAACUAUGAGAAGCCCGAUGAUUUCCUCCAGUGGAUGAUGGACCUAGCCAAAACCGAGAAUGAGUCGCAUCCACACAAUUUAGCCCAGCGACUCCUAGGGAUUACCAGUAUGGCUGUGGUGCACACCAGUGCAAUGAGCCUAACCCACAUCUUGUACGACCUUCUUGUCAUGCCGCACUGGCUGCAGCCGUUGCUCGAUGAAGUUCAGACUCAGGUUCCAGAUUGGAAAAAUGUUACCCAGGCCGAGCUUAAUAACUUGAAAUUCAUGGAUGGGUUCUUGAAGGAAUCGCAAAGGCUUAACCCACCUGGAGAACUGGCCUUUCACCGCGUCGUGAAGCACGAUCUGACACUAUCCGAUGGGCUGCUCCUUCCCAAGGGCACCCAUAUCUGCAUGGCCUCUGGCCCCAUAUCGCGGGAUCCUGAAGUCAUUGGAGAUCCUGAGGUGUUUGACGCUUAUCGUUUUAUCAAACAGAACACUGCGACAUCGGGGUUUGUGAGUACAGGCCCGAACAACAUGCAUUUUGGUCUGGGCCGGUACGCGUGUCCUGGGAGAUUUUUUGCAUCCUUUGUGAUGAAGUUAAUCCUCAGUCAUUUUCUGAUGGAGUAUGAGUUCCGUUUCAGCACCGAGCAAAAGGAGAGGCCAAAGAAUCUCUUGAUUGGAGAUAAGAUCGUGCCGAAUGUCUCGACGGCAAUCCUGAUCAAGAAAAGGGUUUCUGAUGUCUAAACAUGGCUGAGGGACGUCUAUGUUUGCUUUUGUCGUAUCGUAGACAUGCUGCUAGAUAAAAGUCAUCAUUCAGCGCCUAUUACUGCCGGUGAAGUAUCUAGACGAAUGUGGGACCAUUUCCGCCAUGAAGCACUUUAGCAUUGAGAUAG